AUGAUGCUGAGCCACAGCCUCGCAGGCUUGGGGAUCUGGUCCUUGCCGGUGAAUCUCCUUUCGCAGAUCUUCAUCGGCGUCGAGGUUACUGCCGCGGCGGUGCUGCUGCUGCGGCUGGCUGCCAAGCGCGGUGUGCGCUGUGGUGAGCGCAGCUUCCUGCGAUACCUGGAGAUGGCUUUGUUUGUCGUCCUCAGCAUGCUCGUCUACUGCCUGAGGAUGCUAGUCCCGUUCUUCCAAGCCUUUGGGUGCUGGGUACUUCUCGUUAUCUUGCUCUUCGCGUGGUCGUUGGCCACCAGCGCUGUCACGGACCUCAAGCGCUGGGCAAGAGGAGGACUUUUCUUCGUCAUGUCAAUCCUGGCAGCGGCUAUGCCAAUGAUGCUGGCCCUGUGCGUGGGGACUUUCGGGACAACAGGCUUUUGGAUCGGGGUCUUCACUCCAAGCUUCUUGUUCCUUCUGUCGGUGGUUGCAGACACUUGCGUAGGCCGGUUGAUCGAAGCCAGAUGUGAGUACACGGCGGAAACAAAUUGGCUGCUGUCCUUACUGUUUCGAUUCUUCAUCGAGCAGGUUCGCUUCAACACCGCGCUCGCGGUGUUGCUCUUGGCCCUGGUCAAGGGGAAGGGCUUUGGCCCCUUCGUGCUGCAUUUGGUUCAGACCCUGGUCUUCGCCAUCUUGCUGCGGAGACCGAGCUGGUCCGCGCAGGUGGGCGAUGGCUCCGACCGCAGCUUCUUCAACGCCUCUCAGAUUGUGUCCCGCACAGGCUCGCGCGCCGUGUGGCCCUACAGGUCUGAGGCUGCAGUGCUUCCUUGUGAAAGCGCUCUUUAUGUCACUCACCUCUUCCAGCUCCUAUUCCUUGGCUUGCCCGUGGGCGUCUCUGCUGGGGACUGGUGGGGCGGCCUGGUCUUGCUGCUGCUCUUUGCGGCCUUGCGAGAAACCAUCUCGGUGGUGCUCUGCGUGCGGAAGCACCUGCUCUUCCCCGAAGUGCCCUGGUCGGCGCUGCCGGGGCCUCUGGUGGCGCUGGUUGCGGGCGCGGCCGUGGCCAUCUUCACCUUGGCCCAGGCGCACUUUUACUGGCUGCUCUAUGCGCACCACUGGGCAGUGUGUUAUGUAGGCACUGGGAUGGAGGUGGCUGAAGACUCAGACGUCACUGCGGGAGUUUUGCUGGGCAUUUGGAGCUUGCUGCUGCUCGCAGCGCACGUGUAUUCCUUUCUGCUGUGGUCCGUGUGGAUGAGGCAAGUCAAAAUGAACCGCAGGGCCCCGACGCAGAAGCAGGUGCAAGCCUUCAAUGAGUUCAAGCGCUCCGCCAGCAUGAAUCUGGAUGACCGGCGCCUGGGGCCCACCCUGGUCCGCGUGAAUUCGCUGAACGCGGCAGGUGUCAAGCCUUUGUUCCACAGUGAACCCGCGCCAGCAGCAGAAGAGGAGGUCAAAGAGCUGGGCCGCACCUGGGAUCAGACGCUGAACACGCUCUGGGACGAUGACCAAUCAGAGAUGUUCAAGAUGUCGACGAGGUGGAUGAGGAGCACUCUGUUGCACCUGAUCCAGUGGUCUCUGUGUGUCCUGCAGGCGAGAGUAGCAAGCCGGCCUCUCAUCGACCCUCGCUGGAUGAGCACGUCAACCAGCUGCUGCAGCAGGUGGCACAGACCGAACCGGACGCCUUGA